UUGCCCACUUUUAGUACGCCCUUUUGUCGAGUAUUGCUUUGUACGAUGUACAGAAGCUCCCCACCCAGUGGUGGGCCCGCUACUUUUGAAGAAAUGGGGAUCUGGGAAGUGAAGAUAGCUUAUCUGGAUUAUCAACCUCAUCUUCUCCCUUUCUUCUCUGAUUUUUCGUCACCUUCCAUACCCCCAAGCACAAGAUGGAAUUCCAGGAGAAAAAGGGUCCCGAGCCAGAUCUCUAUCAAACCGAUUCUGGCCCUCGUCAAGGGGAAGUGACUCAGGUUAAGAAUUUGAGAGAUUUGGAAGCUGUUCCGGGAUUUUGGACCAAAGUUCAUGAGUUGAGCGAAAAGUUGGGUGCCGAGACCAUCGGUGUCGAACAAUUGCCCGAAGAAGCCAGGAAUCCCAAUCAGAAGCCAAGAAGUACGUUUUUCGUUUGGAGUACGGCAAAUUUCCAUUAUGCUGCCUUCACCACCGGAGCUCUGGGGCCACUCCUUUUCGGCCUCGGAUGGUGGGAUUCAUUUCUCACGGUUAUCUUCUUCAACUUCCUCUCAGAUCUCGCACCGGCAGUCAUUUCUUAUCUUGGUCCUAGACUUGGAAUGAGAAGUAUGAUCAUCGUCAGAUAUAGCUUCGGAUUUUACGCAAGUAAGGUGAUCGUUCUUCUGAAUGCUAUUACUUGCAUUGGUUGGAUUGUAAUCAAUACCAUUGCUGGCGGAGGACUUUUAUACGACGCUAGCGAUGCCAAAAUGCCAUUGGUGGUAGCCAUCAUUAUUGUGCUUGUUAUCUCCCUCGUCACGUCCUUUCUCGGAUACAAAGCCAUCCACCUCUACGACAAAUACGGAUGGGCUGUCCUGAUCGUGAUUUCUAUAAUUGUGAUCGGGUUUGGAGGCAAGCACUUCGUCAAUGUCCCCAUGGCAAAAGGUGAUGAUGCACGUCUCGGUGUCCUCUCAUACGGAGCUCUCGUCUUCUCCUGGGGUAUUACUUGGGUUCCCCUCGCUGCUGAUUAUUCGAUAUACAUGCCCAGCAAGACACCCAGUUGGCAGACCUUCCUCUGGACGUUUUGCGGUAUCUACAUCGGCUCUACGUUUGCCUUCCUCAUCGGCAUUGCUCUCGCAACUUUGAUCUCAAAUCCAGACCCUGCGUAUAAUUUCCCGGCUGUAUACGACGACCGAGGAAUCGGGGGCCUGGUAGGAGCAAUUUUCGAAGGACAUGGGACAGGCGUGAGAGGUUUCGGAAGAUUCAUCGAGGUCCUGCUUGCGCUCAGUAUCAUGGGAGCCAAUAUCCCCAAUAUCUACUCAUUCGGCCUUUCCGUCCAAGCAAUCUCAAGUUGGACGCAAAAGAUUCCACGGAUAAUUGUAACAUUAUUUGGAUUUGCGGUCGCUGUCACGGUUUGCUGUGUUUUGCGUAAUCGGUUCGUUGAAGCUCUCGAGAAUUUCUUGAAUGUACUUUCAUAUUGGUGUACACCAUUUGCUGCCGUGGUUAUGACGGAGCAUUUCAUAUUCAGGAGGAGCAUUGGCUACAAUGUGUCGGUUUGGCGCGACGGAAAGGGCUUGCCUACUGGUAUUGCAGCGAUUGGAUCUUGGGCUUGUGGUAUUACAGCUGCAUUCAUGGGUGCCGAUCAGACUUGGCUUGUUGGCCCUAUUGCCAAGGCCAUUGGUGGUGCUGACAUUGGAUGGGAGUUGGGUGCUGCUGUUGCUUGUGUGGUAUACCUGGUGUCGAGAACCCUGGAGCUAAAGACUACUGGCCGUUAGGAGAUUGUUGCACGACAGAACUGCGUUGAUACUGUGCGAUAGAGAUGACUUGCUAGACCAUUUGUGAAAAUAUAGAUAAAAAAGGUAAUCUAAGAGAAUUAAUG